CGCGAGCGUAGGGAUUCCGCGCCUUUUCUCUCCGCGCUUCGCCCACUAAAUAAAGUCUCGCUUUUCUUUACGACAAGCUUUCCACCGUAUCCAUUUUUUCGACGUUCUUUCGUACCUUACUAUUGGUGUUACUUUGGAUGGAAAGAGAGAGAGAAAUAAAGAGAAGUUUAUCGAUCUCUCCGAGGAAGAAAGGUGUUCGCCGUUCGUUCGAGAUACGUCCAACGAAAAGCUCAGAAAGAAGCUGACAUUCGAAUGACAUCAAUUUUCGACGAAGAAAAAGAAGAAGGAUAUUCCAUUCUGUGCGUGUGCGUGUACGUGUGUAUGUGUGUGUGUGCGUGUGUGUGUGUAUGUGUAUAUGAGAAAGAGAGAGAGAGAGAGAGAGAGAGAGAGAGAGAGAGAGAGAGAGAGAUAGAACUGUAAGUUUUCGCUCGUCUAUACAACAUACACAUGUACAUACGUAUAUCACUUUGAGUGAAUAUGGCCCACUUUCAAAACGAUCACAUGUCGUCUUAAGUUGACUGCAAGAAUGCAACGUAUAAAGGAGUCAUUGCGAUAAUUCAAUUAUCGUGCGAUUUUAAAAUAUAAUACUUUUCGUACAUCGAAUAGAAAUUGUUCGUAAUUGCGUGUAUACAAGUGUGUUCUAUUCGCUUCUAUUUCAAUUUAAAUACCGAAGAAGGUUCAACAACUUCCUCGUGUCUAUGAACGGUGAAAAAACAAGACGAGGAACGUGGUAACACGUCCACGCGGGUAAAUAAGUCGUAACAUAUAUAUAAGGUUUACACCGUGUGUCAACGUAUCUGUGUACUACUAUCUCUCUCUCUCUUCCACUCACUGCUUCUCCAUUAUCAUCUCUCUUUCUCUCUCUCUCUCUCUCUCUCUCUUUGUCUAUCUACUCUCUCAUUCUCUCGUUCAGCAAGCGCUUCGCGGGAUCGAUGGCGGUCGAGCGAGAACUCACCGUCGUUUUCCACCUCACGAUUCGUGACCGAGUUAUGAAGAGUGAAGAAUAAAAGAAUCAAAUAUCUUCGAAAAAAGAAAGAAAAAGAGAAAGAGAGAGAGAGACAGAGAUUUUCCCUCUGUCUCUCUCCAAUGAGAGAGAAAGAGAGAGAGAGAGAGAGAAAGAGAGAGAGACAAUAGAAAUUUCUUCGUUGUAACGAUUGCACGUCUGGCUUAUAGUGCGAGAUUAGAAAAUUAUACAUAUAUAUAUAUAUAUAUAUAUAUCGUCGAACAUUAAAGACAAGAAAUUUGUUUCUAGUGCGUGUCUUUUAUUUCUCCUAUUCGAUAAAAGAGAAAAGGAAAAGACAUUGAGAUUUUCGACACGCCUUUAGAACUCAUACUUGAAGGUUUCGCGCGCGAUUUUUGAGUAACGUGUAACAUGUGAUAUAACAAAGUAUCUAUCUAUAUAUACACACGCACAUAUAUAUAUAUAUACAUAUACACACAUACAUAUAUAUAUAUAUAUAUACAUAUGCAUACACAUUCAUGCAUCGUGUUACUGGCAGUGUUCUCUUGGAAUACGAGGAGAUCGACGAAGAUAUCGACUAAGAAGGAGAAAUUAUAACGCUGUGACUUCUACGAACGUGGACCAUUUCGAGUCAUGAGAGUCCUAAACGAGUGUCGACGGAUGACCGCCACGGUGGUGCAGUUGCAUCGACGUAAAAGUGCAGUGUGACGACGACGACGACGACGACGACGACGACGACGACGACGACGACGACGACGACGACGACGACGACGACGACGACGACGACGACGACGACGACGACGACGGCGACGACGACGACUGUGAUGAUACGAUUCGUGGAAGAAAUUGUGUAAACGGAGCAACGAGUAGUGUGUGUUUUAUUGUUAUUAUUAAACGAUUGAGAUACUUGAUAAGUUCGCGUGUAUCUACGUUUAAGUCUCUACGAACUAGGAAAAGGGAGAUUUCGAGGAGGUGCGAAGAGAGUGAAAAACGGGAAAAGAACAAAAAAUGUGGAUAAGCAGUAACACGAUGGAGCUUCUUUCGAGUGGUAGGACAUGGCCCAGAACGAUGUUCAACCUACUCUGUUUCGUUCUUUUCUUUGUCGGUGCAGUAUCGGCCGGUGGAACGUUGGAGAAACUCCACGAAGAACACGUACGAGAAUUCAGCUGUGGUAUGCUCUACUACAGGACACUCUAUCUGGAUAGUAAAAGGGAUGCUCUUUACGUUGGCGCGAUGGACAAAAUCUUCAGAUUGAAUCUAAGCAAUAUCAGCCACUCGAAUUGCGAGAGGGAUGCUCUAAAUCUGGAACCAAGUAAUGUCGCUAAUUGUGUUUCAAAGGGUAAAUCCGAGCAUUUCGACUGUCGUAACCACAUAAGAGUGAUACAACCGAUGGGAGAUGGCAAUCGACUCUACAUGUGCGGCACAAACGCACACUCUCCAAAGGAUUGGGUGAUUUAUAGCAAUCUAACGCAUUUACCACGACACGAGUUCGUUCCCGGCGUUGGGAUGGGUAUAGCAAAGUGUCCUUACGAUCCUGCUGAUAAUUCGACGGCAGUGUGGGUAGAAAAGGGCAAUCCUGGUGAUUUGCCGGCCCUUUAUUCCGGCACAAACGCCGAAUUUACGAAAGCCGACACAGUCAUCUUUCGUACGGAUCUUUAUAAUUUGACGACCGGCCGAAAAGCUUUUAGCUUCAAGAGGACCCUCAAGUAUGACUCCAAAUGGCUCGAUAAACCAAACUUCGUUGGAUCGUACGACAUUGGUAGUUACGUGUUCUUCUUUUUCCGUGAGACCGCGGUUGAGUACAUAAAUUGCGGUAAAAGCGUGUACUCUCGCGUGGCCAGGGUUUGCAAAAGAGACACCGGCGGCAAAAAGAUACUGUCUCAGAAUUGGGUGACGUAUCUGAAAGCCAGACUGAAUUGCUCGAUACCCGGCGAAUUUCCCUUCUACUUCAACGAAAUACAGAGCAUUUACAAAGUACCAGGCGACGACACACACUUUUAUGGAACUUUUACAACUUCGACAAACGGAUUGAUGGGUUCAGCAAUCUGUUCCUUCCACAUCGACUCGAUCCAAGAAGCUUUCCGUGGGAAAUUUAAAGAACAAGCAACGAGUAGCAGUGCAUGGUUGCCUGUACUAUCAAAUAAAGUACCAGAACCACGUCCGGGACAGUGUGUGAACGACACAGAAUCUUUACCGGAUACCGUCCUCAAUUUUAUAAGAUCUCAUCCAUUGAUGGACUCUGCGAUCUCGCACGAGAACGAGAAGCCGGUCUUUUACAAACGUGACGUCAUGCUCACACGACUCGUUGUCGAUAAACUUCGUAUCGACUUUGUCGGCAUUGAUUUGGAUUACACGGUCUACUACGCUGGAUCCAGUGAUGGCCGCGUUCAUAAGGUCGUCCAAUGGAUCGACAACAACGGCGAGUCUCAGUCGAUCCUCUUGGACGUGUUUGACGUCACGCCUGGAGAACCGAUUCAGGCGAUGGAAAUUUCUAAGGAGCACAAGGCACUCUACGUCGCAUCGGAUCAUCGAAUAAAGCAGAUCGAUCUUGUAAUGUGUACACGCCGAUACGACAACUGCUUGCGCUGCGUUCACGAUCCCUAUUGCGGUUGGGACAAAGAUAGCAAUACCUGCAAGCCAUACGAGCCAGGAUUACUCCAAGACGUAUCGAAUAGCACGGCAGACGUAUGCGAUAGUAGCGUGGGUAAACGAAAGCUCGUGGUGACGUGGGGUCAAUCGGUUCAUCUCGGUUGUUUCGUGAAAAUGCCAGAGGUUUUAGCAAAUCAGGAGGUCAGAUGGUAUCACUACAGUAAAGAAAAGGGCCGAUAUCAGAUAGCUUACAAAUACGGUGUCGGUGGUGACAAGUUCAUUGAAACUUCGGAAAAAGGAUUGGUUAUCGUUGGCGUGAACGAACAGGAUGCCGGCAGAUACGAUUGCUGGCUCGGUGGUGCACUUCUUUGCUCUUACAAUAUUACCGUGGACGCUCACAGAUGUUCAGCACCGGCUAAGUCUAAUGAUUAUCAAAAGAUUUAUUCGAAUUGGUGUCACGAAUUCGAAAAAUACAAAUCUGCGAUGAAGAGUUGGGAACGGAGACAAGCGCAAUGCGUUUCGUGCCAGAACGAUAGCAAUCAGAAUCUCCAUACGAACGAAGUAUAUGGCACUCCCUUGGUCUGAUAGAACCGUUCAUUGGAACACACAUCGAGCCAAGAUUACGAAUAUCAGAGCGCUCUGACGAUGACACGAGAGGGUCGCGUUGGUCCAGCGACGAACACGGGGACGAGAGGCAGUGGCAGCACCAACACCAACAACACCAGCAUCCGUAGUAUCGCUCUUAGCUUGCUACUGAUCCUCGGAAAUCUUCGAUUUCUCGAGUUCCUUAGUCCGAACGAGGAUACUCGGUUAUCGAACGAUUAAAAUCCGAAACGCAAUAAGAAGAGAAAAGGGAGGGAGAGUAAAGAGGGAGAAAGAGAGAGAGAGAGAGAGAGAGAGAGAGAAAGAGAGAGAAAAGAGAGGGAGAGUAAGAGAGAGAUAAUGAAUCUCUUUACUU